AUGUCUGAGACGGAAGAGCACGAGGAAUUACAAGACGCCCUUGUCACAGUUUCACUGACCGUGACUGUCACCGAUCUGAGUCGUUUCGCUUCUGAAUUGACGAUGCCGAGGCACGUUGCUUCUGUUCAUAUAAAGAAUCUCGCUGAUGGAGUUCGUCAUGAGGAUCUGCGCCACGCCUUUGGAAAAUUCGGCCGUGUUAUCGAUGUUACGGUACCUGUGAACUACCAUACAGUGCGUUCAUGUUACUUUCCUUUACUCCUUAUUACGUUUGAUGAUGCUCGUGACGCUGAAGACGCAAUUUACCACAUGAAUCACUCUCGUUUCGCUGGGAGGGAGAUUACGGUGGAGUUCACUCGGGGUACUCGGAAAACUCCAGCGGAAAUGCGCGCACGUGACAGCGGCAGUCGUGGCCGCUCUUGGCGAAGCCGGUCUCGCUCGCGCUCUCGGUCCUUCCGCCGACGUGACAGGUCAUCUCGUGAUCGUUCGGAUUCCUACAGUCGCCGACGGGGCGGAAGUGGCAGGGGCGGUCGCCAGGAUGACUACCGACAGUCAUCGAGGGGACGCUCCUACUCGAGGUCGGCAGAUGCCGAGAACAGUACCAGGCGUGAUGACCGGGAAAGCACAAAAAACGGGCACUGGGCUGAAGAGAGGGGUAGACGUCGGAGGUCAAGAGCUAGUUCGCGUGAAUUGAGCCGCGGCUCCUCUCGUGGCGGGGUUAGAAGUCGCGAUGGUCUUGAUGCUCGAAGUUCCCCGGCUCGACGAGGUGAUUCUCGUUCAUCAGCUGUGGAUCGAUCUCCGUCCCGUGGGGGUGGUUCUAGGUCACCAAGUCCGUCUCGCGGUGAGGAGGGUUUUUCUCAGUCGCCGAUGCGUUCACGUAGCAUUUCUCGGGGUCGCUCGGGUUCUCAAUAUGAUGCCAACCUCUCCCAUGACGGUUUCUUUCGAUCAGAGAUUCAGAAGACGUCGGACGCUUCGCUGAGUCUGGAUCUCCUCCUUCGUUGUAACAAAUUGAAAGUCCUUGGGGCUACCAGAGAUCAUCUGUUGGCGGCAGUAGACCAAUCAAAGUUGCUGGAAGUAAAUGCGUCUGGCACCGCCAUUCGAAGGAAGACGCCGAUUAAUUCCGUGUCCACACCCACCGAUUGCAUUGUCCUUGUCACCGGUAUCCCAUGCUUUCAGUCUCAUAUCGAAGACGAAGAAGCGAGGAUGGAUCAAGGAACCGAUGAGCUAGAAGCGGAAGAAGUAGAGGAAGGUGAUGAGGACGAUUUUGAGCAGAGCAAGUCAACUGUAGACGGCGAUCAGAUUGAGAAUGAUUUUAGUGUCGAUAUGGCUGCAAUGAGGUCUGCUAGUACAAUUGAUUGGUUGAAAGACCAAAUGAAGGAGUUUGGUUUGGUGAAGUAUAUCAAUAUACCUCGGAAUCCACUAACUACAAAUUCGGCCGUUCUUGAAGCAAUCAUUUUAAUUAUUGAAUACAAUUUCAUUCAAUUACAAAGAAGUACAGAAAUCUCAAAGGCUUUGUUACAUAGCUUUAAGACAUCUGGAAACAUUCGUGGCUUUGGAUUUGUGGAGUUCGCUUCUAAAAGCGCCGCCAAACGCGCCGUCUCUGCUUUGGCGCCGACGGAGAAGGAUCUUGUGUGUUCGUCAUAUCUGGGGGAAAGCAUCUUAGUCCAGAGGUCUCGAGUUGGUCUCUAUAAUUUUAGCCGGAAGGAAGGUCGUCUCUCUUGCUUCAGCCGUCAAUACCCCGGAGGCGGGAUGGACGCCGAAGUUGGCUCCAUACGCUACGAAUCUAAGCAUAAAGGAACGAUUGGCGCGUCAAUUCGUGUGGCGAUGCUGCUCGCGGCGAUCAAAACAGGUCGUCUCGGUCUACCGCAGACUCUUUGCUGCUGGCUAUCGCAUGCCGAAUCCAUUGGAUGUCGAAUGUACUUCAUUCCUGUUCUUUCAUGUUUACUGCAUCGUGGAAUAUGUCAUGGCACAUUCGAGUUAAAAGUGGAAUGCAUAUUCCAGUUUUUUGGUACUGGACAAGAUCGAUUAAUCACUGAAGGCACAGAGACAGGUGUGGGGAUAGUGAGGGGUAAAGAGCUGCGCCUUCUGCCUUACCUCGAUUGGUUGACUUGGCGGCCGCGGUUCUAUGCAUGGCUGCGGGCCUGGACCGGGCGCAUGCGGAAGAGGGCUGACCGGCUUAUCGCAUGUGCGGAGCGAAAACGCCGGGCAUCCAUGCUCCACCUGCCUGAUGACUGCCAUAUCGAGACGUCAACUUCUACCGCUAGAACCGCCGUGAUUUCACCUCCGAUGGCGGAGGGGGUGGUGUCUGUAUUGGAAGAAGAUAAGUCUCAGAUUUUGGCGUUGCCUGGUGACUUUUGCCCCGGAACUGUCGUUGAGGUGGGUACUUACCAUCAAUUUUACUUUUCAAGUGACUUAAAUUUUAUCAAAAUCAAUUCUUUCCGUACGAAGGUGUAUUGGCCGUUGGACGAGGAGUUGCGACAAUUGGAUCCACGACAGCAGAUGCGUCGGGUGCGUGCUGCCAUAGAGCACAGUAUACUACAACCACACCGUCUUCUACGCUCAGUAGCUCACUUUGACACCAAACCAUGUGACAACCUGCAGCCCCUGGAAGAAAUAGGCGAAGGGACGGAUCACGUCUCCAUUCCCUCCACCUCCCAAUAUGGCGCAAUCGUUCGCGUCUUCGUGCGCUUUCGCGAGGCUACAGAAGCGCGCACCUUCGCCUGUCUCCUAUCCCACUGCACUAUAGGAAACGGCGGUGACAGUAGUGGUGGGUGUUUUGCCUGGGGCAGUGUACUUGAAGGUCAGAGAGAGCGUGCGUACUGCGCUACUAUUGCCGCUGCAAAGGCAGGUGGUGCUGAGCGUCGGCGGAGGGUGCAAGUGGCUAAACGCCGGAGAAAAGUGAAUCAACAACACUAUCGACCAUCUCAGCCUCAAAAGCUGACUGCACCAGCGGUGGUGGAUAAUGGACUGCCAAAACCAACGAGAAUCGUGUUUGAUGAAGAAGGGAAUUCUCCGUACCAAUCAUAA